UAGUGGCGAUGGGGUUGCGGGAGGCUGCGCUGUGGGGGACCCUCCUGCUGCUGCUGGGACCCAACCGGCUGGAGGGGGGCCGUGGCGGGCCGCUGCGGAGACGGCGGGCGGUGGAGCCGGGCUGCGGGGAGCUGCGCGGGGUCGAGCCCAUCCUGGGCAACAACACCUACCAGUAUGUCUUUGAUGACUUCAGCGGCACUGUGUCACUCUCCUGGGUUGGAGACAGCACUGGAGUUAUUCUCGUCCUGACCACAUUCAAGUUACCGCUGCUGUUCGUGAGUUUCAAGCAGUCCAAACUCUACAGGAGCGAGGACUAUGGAAAAACUUUCAUAGACAUCACAAAGCUCAUUAACCACACCUUCAUCCGGACGGAGCUUGGAAUGGCCAUCGGCCCAGAGAACUCGGGGAAGGUGAUUCUGACGGGGGACAUGCCUGUGCCUGGAGGGAGCCAGGGAGGAAAGAUCUUCAGAUCGUCUGAUUAUGCUAAGAACUUUGCUCAGACAGAUCUCCCCUUUCAGCCCCAGAGUCAGGUCAUAUACCACCCGCAGAACUCCGACAACCUGCUGGUCCUCAGCACCGAAAACAGCCUCUGGGUGUCCAGGAACUUUGGGGAGAAGUGGGAAGAAAUCCACAAAGCUGUUUGUCUGGCAAAAUGGGGCCCCAACACCAUCAUCUUCUUCACCACCUACCUGAAUGCCUCCUGCAAAACUGAUCUUGGGUUUUUGGAGCUAAAGAAAACCAAUGACUUUGGCAAAAGCUUCAAGACCAUAGGAAACAAAAUCUACUCGUUUGGCCUAGGAGGUCGCUUCCUGUUUACUUCCGUGGUGACAGAGAAGGGCAAUACAAGGAGGAUCCAUGUCUCGACUGACCAAGGGGAGACCUGGAAUAUGGCCCAGCUUCCAUCUGUGGGUCAGGAGCAGUUCUUCUCCAUUCUGGCAGCUAACGAGGACAUGGUGUUCAUGCAUGUGGAUGACCCUGGAGAUACUGGGUGUGGCACAAUCUACACCUCAGAUGAUCGAGGCCUCAUAUACUCCAAGUCCCUCGAACGGCAUCUCUACACUGGCAUUGGGAGUGAAACUGACUUCACCAAUGUGACCUCGCUGCGGGGCGUCUAUAUCACCAGCGUGCUCUCUGAAGACCGUUCCAUCCAGUCGGUGAUCACGUUCGACCAAGGUGGUGAGUGGCUGCCAGUGAGGAUGCCUGUCAACGCUAAGUGUAACUCCACAGCAAAGAACAAGGAUGAGUGUAGCCUUUACAUCUAUGCAUUGUACGGCAUCUCCCUGAAUCACAACGUGCCCAUGCUGCCUCUGUCUGAGCCCAAUGUGGUGGGAAUAGUCAUCGCUCACGGCAGCGUGGGGGAUGCCAUCUCCGUGGUGAGCCCAGACGUUUACAUAUCUGAUGAUGGGGGCUACACCUGGACAUGGGUGCUGGAAGGACCCCAUCACUACGCCAUCCUGGACUCCGGGGGCAUCAUUGUAGCCAUUGAGCACAGCCUCGAGCCGAUCAAUGUGAUUAAGUUCUCAACGGAUGAAGGUCAGUGCUGGCACAAGUACACUUUCUCCAAGGAACCCAUUUACUUCACCGGUCUGGCGUCGGAGCCAGGAGCCAGAUCUAUGAACGUCAGCCUUUGGGGCUACAGAGACUCUGUCUUGCCUCGCAAGUGGGUCUCCUACACCAUUGACUUCAAUCAUCUCCUCAGCAGGAACUGUGAGGACGAUGACUAUACUAUCUGGCUGGCUCACUCCAGCGAGCCCGGCAGCCGCACUGAUGGCUGCGUCCUGGGCUAUAAGGAGCAGUACCUGCGUCUCCGCAAGUCAUCUGUCUGUCAGAACGGCCGGGAUUACGUGACGAUGAAGCAGCCAUCGGUCUGCCCGUGCACGCUGGAGGACUACCUCUGCGAUUUUGGCUAUUUCCGCCCUGAAAACCAGUCUGUCUGCGUGGAGCAGCCGGAGCUGAAAGGCCACGACCUGGAGUUCUGUCUCUAUGGCAGGCAGGAGCUACUGACGACUAGUGGGUAUCGUAAGAUCCCAGGAGACAAAUGUAGCGGUGGGAAGAGUCCGAGCCGUGAGGUGACGGACCUGAAGAGGAAAUGUACAAGCAACUUGUUGACCCCCAGCCAGCUGUCCGCUGCCUCCAGCUCCGCUCCCAUAAUCCUGGCUGUCGCGGGCGUAAUGCUCCUCACCAUCAUAGCUGGAGUCCUGAUCAUUAAGAAAUACGUCUGCGGGGGCAGGUUCCUGGUCCAUCGCUAUUCUGUCCUGCAGCAGCACGCAGAGGCUAACGGGGUGGAAGGGGUUGAAGCUCUGGAUGCAGCCAGCCCUGCUAAUAAAGGGGGCUACCACGAUGAUUCUGACGAGGACCUCCUGGAGUAGGGGCACGUUGCUGCUCGCUGGCACUGGACAAGUGGGUUUGGACGCUGCCACGGAUCUGCAGAACAGCCAACGCCUCCUCCAGCCCACGCUUCUCUGCAGUGGCUGCCCGUCCCCUUUCUGAGGGACUCCACUCUCCUGUCGCUUCCCUUGAGACUGUCCAGAGCCAGCUGCGCUGCAGACCCGGGGAAGAGACAGGGAGCUGCUGCAGCGACCUGGCGGCCCAGAGGCUGGGGGGGAGGGCAGAGGCGUAAUUUAACUUUAUUUUAAUGAGAUUUCUUUCCAGCUGUUUGUUUUUUAAGGAAGACUAAAUAGGAAGGUGAAACCAGCAUUUCACUAAGCACUAACCAUGAUGAAGGUGCAAUUCACCCUGCUGCAGAGAGAAGGCUCUUAACUCCAGCGUCACCCCUCGGGGGCUUAUCUCUGCCUCAGCAUGGCCUCGGCUGGGCGAAGCUGCUGGUGGCGCUGGCCUAUCCCCACCACUUCACCUAGCAUGGGCAGGCCUCGGGGCCCCCGCCAGGACGGCAUGUCGCUUAGCCAGCACCCCGCAGGGCCACACGCCAAAAAUGAGAAGUGAUUGGAUGAAACCAGCGCGUCAAGUGGAGUUCAUCUCCGCGCCAGGAGUAACUGCUGUGACUGGCCCUUGUGGAACCAAAGCACUGAACUGGGAAAGCAUCAUGUCUGCAAACACUGGCAGCAGCAGCAGGGGAGGGAAAGGGGUUAUUUUUAGUUCUAGGAAUAAGUGCAACAGAAAACUCAGUAGGAAUAAAUCUCCUGCUUGUUGGUAUGUUCUUCGGGGUGGUGGGAAGCGUGUUCCAGGUGGAGCUGUGCACUGAAAUGCCAGUGCUCUGUCGAAGAGCCCCAUGGCUUCGUUUAAGGGGGCAGAAGAGAGAGGCUCCUAGUUUUCUAACAUCCGCCUGUUUCCCCACCUAAAGCGGUAGGAGACCAGCUGCUUGGUAGCUCCUAGAGCUGCUGUUGAUGUGGCCAGGCCUGGCGGUGGCUUGCAGGGACUCUGGCUAUUAUAAACAGGAUCCUCAGUGCCCCACUCUUCCCAGCGGUACCACCUUUGGGUGUGAUGUCAACUGGCAAACUGUAAGCUGCUGCUCUAGGCGCAUUUCCACUCAGCUGAGUACACUGUAGUGUGUCCAUGUCCCUGUUUAAAUGUCCAGUUGUCUUCUGCAAUAGAUGCUGCCCUGCUGAUUGUGGAGGGGGUGUCUAGGCCUAUGCCUGGCUGGCCUUUGCACUUGGAGGGCUGGGUGAUAAAAAGUGAAUGUACGGAACAGUCUGACAGAUAUAACUGGGGUUCGUUCUCCACGGCUGGGUCCCAGUGGGCUGCCAUUUGUCCGGUGCCUUGUUAGGCACCAGCGUAGGCCAAGAGCAAGGAACACAGUUCAACCCCAGGCACGCGGGAGACAGGAGUCUCAAGAACUGGUAUUUUUCAAACUUGGCUUAUUUGAACUGAGCUGGCUUGACUGGAAUUGUCCAUCUCACUGUCCCAUUAGCAGCUUCCCCUCAACUUAACUCUUCUUUGACACUAAAUCCAUUUAUUGCAACUCUUCACGUUGCUAAGUCCCAGCCUUGGCAGGACCUUAGGCAUGGCUCUGCUCAGCGUUGCAGCAUCAGCGACUUACGAGCAUAAUGUCAUUUUCAAGAGUGCUUGGGCUCUGUCUACACUGCCUGGGUUAGCAGAACUCGAGCUGGCAGACAUAGGGGUUGAGCGUCUACAUUCGUCUGUAACCCCAGGUUCGGAAGUCUUGAACCCUGGGUCCCAGCCUGAGCUCCAGCAUCUAUACUGCAGUAUGCAGGCCUGAGUCCAGCCACCCCCAUCCCAGGCUUCCUAGUUCCCUCCUUAAACGUGGCCACUGAAGCCCUGUGUUCGUAGUGCAGCAUGGGAAAACAUGACUGUCCAGGGCACAAAAGAAAUUUUGGCUCACAGGAUUGUGGGUGCUUUCUGCAGACUCCCAGAGCGCGAACCCAGUGGGGCUGCGUCUACACUGCAAAGCAAUAGGGCUUGAACCCUGGGUCCCAGCUUGACUCAGGCUCAUAUCCUCCACCCCUAUGGGGUCCUGGAUCACUGGGUCCAAACCCUGCGUUAGGAUGAUUUAUGUGUAGACGAAAGGGGGGUUAGGCUUGAGCCUGAGUUCGAACCCUGGGCUUACACUGCAGUGUAGACAUACCCCUAGGCUCCGGAGUCUCACUGAAAGUAGGAUUUAGGCUCCUAAAUCAGUUAAGUGUUGCAACAAGGAGUGGAGCAGCCCUUAAAUACCUUCACAAAAAUCUGGCUCUAGCUACCGAACUCUUGUUACACUGGGGCUUUCCUUUAAAAAUUUACAGGAGGAGCCAUGCUGUUCCUGUGGCCACUAGAAGGCGCAGUUUCCCCAGCUGCGGCUGGAAGGCUGCUCUCCGAAGCUGCGCUAUGUUUUGGAGUAGCCUAUUGCAAGGGAGCGAAUGUGAUCUGGCGGUGGUGAAGGCAGAUCUGGGUGCAUUUUCCUGGGCAACACAUUGCCAAACUCUACCGUCGUCCCACCAGUAUCCGCCAGGUAUUUACGCAGCUGGUCAUGUAGAAUAGGAAUGAAGUAGCUUAGCCUGUUUGCCUGGAGAGUGUUUGGCUCCUAGACUUGGUUUAACAAAAUUUCUUUUUAAAGAAUGAGCUUUUGAGGAGCUUUCCUUUAGAAUUUGACUAGCAGCCAAAUAGCUGCAGCUGGCCAAAGCGCCAGGAGAAGCUUCGGGUCCACAUUCCUCACCAGCUGGGAACAGAGACUGAAGAAUAAAUGAAAGGUGGCUGCUCUGUCUCUGGGAGUCUCCUGCAGACUGUCUCAAGCACUGCACAGCACGGACAUCUGGGGCAGAAUCAGACGUCCGUGGCUCUUAUUCCUAGAGCGGUCGCUGGAGCUCCAGGCACCAGCCUGCGAUGGGAAACAGCAGUAGAGCAUUUGGGGGAUGGGACGGUCAGAUGCAUGAAUGUAAAACUGGCUACGAAUUCUCAUGCUCUUGAGACCAGCCUGUUCUGAAGGCGCAUUCUCGUUUACAGGCUGUCGAGGAAGCUGGUAAACACUGUGGUUCUCUUUUGCACACCCCCACCCUAUUUCCUGCCCCCAAACCCAUCAGCCUUGAUGUUCACUAUGCACGCGGUACAUGGGCCAUUGGCGUGGAGAGCACCUGCCCCCCAGAAAGCUUGCGUGCCAAUGGGGUGAACACAGCCUUGGCGAGAGACAAAUGUCAUUUUUCUGGUGGGUGACGGUGGAUUUCUCCAUGGGCCAGUGCCCCCACUGUGCCAUGCAACGGCAGCCUUCCUCUCCCUGAGCAAAGCAGGUUGAUAAUGCUGCAUCCCUGUCCCUGCUGAAUGGUUGUUGCCCGAGCACUACCCUGGGGAUGCUGCUGUUGCGUGGCAUUGAGCACCAAUGCUGCCCCAAUACCCUUGGCUUACCAGCAUGGCUGCAGGGCAGAUCAACACAGGGAUGCUGUGCCAGGUGCCCUGCCCGGGAUAUGUCACCACGUAACUAAAGCCAGAGCCCCUGCCCUGCCAUGUAGAGUAUCUCCGGGCUCCAGGCCAAGGGCAGGUCCAGGGGACGGGCUGAGGGGUGUGGAGUGUUCUGUAAACAAACCUGGCUGGGCUAUAACUGUACUGGAGAGACAAGGUGGGAGAGGGGGUCUUUUACUGGACGAACGUCUGUUGGUGAGAGAAGUCAGGGCUGGGGAAUGACUUUGUACUGGGAUUUUUCUGUAUAUUUGCAAUAUUUGGGUUAGAAAUAAAAACCAAACGGACUUUGUGUUA